CCAUACAGUGUGCGCUCCAGUCCCGCCGCGCUGCUGCGUUUUAUUGAAGAAAAGCGCCGGCUUUCAGCGGAACGCACGCGCGCUCUCUCUCUCUCUCUCUCUCUCUCUGAUUUAUCAUUCCGAUUGAUCAUGAGUGUGUGAGUGUGUGAGUGUGUGUUCUUUUUCUUGCAUAUGGAGACGAUGUGAGAAUGGAGUCGGAGGGCCGGAGGAGGGAGUGGAAGCGGACUGAGAGAUAGAGGAGGAGGAGGAGGAGGAGGAGAAGCGAGCGGAGGCCGUCCAUUUUGUCAGAGGAGGAAAAAAAACAUCAAAUAAAGAAGGAGAAGGAGAUGGGAUCGUAGCCCAAUCCGGAGGAAGGAGAGAGGGCAUGGGAAGACGCGCGCGCGGUGCUUUAAUAACGGGAUGAGAUCUGGGGGGAAGGUCCCGCGCUCGAGCGAGAAAAACGGAAAGAUGAGGCAGGCAUGAAGCCUCUGCAUCCUCCUCAUAUUCAUCCUCAUCCUCUUCCUCAUCCCUCCAUCCUGUGCGUCCUCACCCGCGCGCGCACCCGCUUCCAUCUCGGACUAAAUCCGCGCGCGCCCGAGUUUAACCCGGGAUUAUAAUCUCAGGUGAAGGAUUGUGCGUCGGGGUGGACUCGCGCGCGCUGUGGCCUAGUGUGCAUCAUCUAGUGAGCAUCAUCAUCUAUCUGAAAUUAACGGGAUGUCCUGAAAGGUUCCACUUCGAGGUCGGUACCUGGACACUGAUGCGGAUCUCACCUGGCGCUGGACGCAGGUCGUUCUGGAACACAACAGUGCGCAUCCUAUAAAGGGAAACCUCGGACCUGGAUGGACCUGUCUCCAUUCGGGCGUUUCAGGGCGUCUUUAUUAAGCAGCACAGCACCAGCGCAGACGUCCAGACGCCAUUAAUCUCUCAUUUACAUUAAAGCACAAAACCUGAGGGUUAACGCCUUUUCACCAAUCUCUCUGUAAAGAGUAGAGGGUUUCAAACACACAACCCUCUGAUAAAUAGCACACAACCUUAACCACUUUACCCAGGAUCCAGUGCCGCUGGAACUCGGUGCUUCCUCCAUCCGUCAUCCUCAGGGUUAAGGGGAAAGAGAAGAAGUGCUGGAUUUUCGCACGUUCUCCCCCUCGGACAAUCACUGUGCUGAUGUGUUUGGACCUCUGAUGACCCCUAGUUACACUCCGGAGUGCGCUCCAGAGAGUGUGUGUGCGUCCUCUAGUGUUGCCAGAACAAGUGUUGGAUUAAAACCCUUCGAGACCGUGAGAGCUGAGGAAGAGGAGGAGGAGGAAGAGGGAGAUAUGAGCUCUGGAUGGUGGUGAUGAUGAUGAUGCUGGAUACACAGAAUGCGACUCAGGAGCUGGGGGAGGAGGUGGAGGACGGCGCGGUGUUCUCCAUCUCGGUGCGCAGGGUGCAGGUGCAGCCGUCGGUCAGUAAGGGGCAGCGCUGGCUGGGCGUGGACUCGGAGUCGGCGCUGAGUCUGUACGAGACCAGCAAACUGCGCACCAUUAAGGCGGGGACGCUGGAGAGACUGGUGGAGUACAUGGUCUCCUCCUUCAGAGAGAACGACUCCACCUACGUCACCAUCUUCCUCUGCACGUAUCGCUCGUUCACCACCACCAACCAGGUGCUCGACCUCCUGCUCAACAGAUACGCUAAACUGCAGCACCUGCCGGGGUCAGAAGGUCACAGACUCACCCACGACGACCGCACCGAGCUCAGGAACACCAUCUCGUCGAUCCUGGGGGCGUGGCUGGAUCAGUACUCAGAAGAUUUCUGGAAGCCCCCAGAGUACACCUGCCUCAGACGCCUCAUCUCCUACCUGCACGUCAACUUCCCCGGAUCGGACCUGGAGCGCCGAGCGUGUAACCUGCUCGCGCAGUUCCACCGCAGACUACAGCAGGAACCCGAUCACGAAGUGCUGGAUCACGGGUCGUGUCCAUUCUCUCUCCUGGAAGAGAACGGCUAUGAGGACGAUCGGCCAGACUUCCUGACCUUUGACCCCACAGUGGUGGCCGAGCAGUUCACCCUCAUGGAUGCGGAGCUGUUUAAGAAGGUGGUGCCGUACCACUGCCUGGGCAGCAUCUGGUCUCAGAGGGAUAAGAAGGGGAAGGAGCACCUGGCCCCCACCAUCCGCGCCACCGUCACCCAGUUCAACUGCGUGACCAACUGCGUGAUCGCCACCUGCCUGAGCGAGCGCACGCUCAAACACACACACCGCGCCAAAGUGCUCGAGCGCUGGAUCGAGGUGGCCCGGGAGUGUCGGAUCCUGAAGAACUUCUCGUCCCUGAGGGCGAUCCUCUCGGCGCUGCAGUGUAACGCCGUGCACCGGCUCAGGAGGACGUGGGACGAGGUGUCUCGGGAGAACGUGCGCAUCUUCCACGAGCUCUCCGAGAUCUUCUCCGACGAGAACAACCACUCGCUCAGCCGAGAGCUGCUCAUUAAGGAGGGAACGUCCAAAUUUGCGACGCUAGAGAUCAACCCGAAGCGAGCGCAGAAGAGACAGCAGCAGCAACCCAGAGACCUGAGUGUGAUGCAGGGCACCAUUCCCUAUCUGGGCACCUUUCUGACAGAUUUAGUAAUGAUGGACACCGCCAUGAAGGACUACGUGGACGGCGGCCUGAUCAACUUUGAAAAGAGGAGGAAGGAGUUCGAGGUGAUCGCUCAGAUCAAGCUGCUGCAGUUGGCGUGUAAUAACUAUAACUUCAGGAGGAACGGCCGUUUCAGGGAGUGGUUCAGCAGCGUGGAGAAGCUCAGCGAGGCCGAGAGCUACAGUUUAUCAUGUGAGAUCGAGCCUCUGUCUGAGUCGGCGUCCAACACGCUGAAGGCAAAAAAGAACACAGGGAUUAUUAAACGCUGGAGCGAUCGACAGCCGGUGAGUUCGACCGAAGCGAGCUGCAGCAGUGCAGGAAGUUCUCACUCCAAAUCGUUCGACCAGCUGCGCUACCCGUCCUGUUUGAGCAGCGGAGGAGGAGGAGGAGGAGCGGAGAGAGACGACAGGAGAGGAGAGAGAGGAGGAGAACGAGGAGAAGACUCGCUCAGCGUCACCUCCGCCGGCUCCAGCAGCUCGGACGUGGAGGAGAUCAACAUCAGCUUCAUCUCGGACUCCCCGGACACACACGAGAAAAAGACGUCGACGCCGUGUGUAAAACAUUCACACUCAUCGUUAGGGAAGUGCGGCCCCAUGGGAGAUCUGACGCCCACGUUCUGGGAGUCCACGUCUCUCUCGUCUCUGGACGCCGCGUCAGGUUCAGGCUCCAGCAGCGCCUCGUCCUCCUCGGUCUCGUCCACACCGCACACGUCCACCCCACACUCGUCCUCCCGCUCGCACAAGCGCUCCGUCUCGGGCGUGUCCAGCUACUCGUCCCUCUCUCUGCCCCUCUACAACCAGCAGGUGGACGACUGCUGCAUCAUCAGAGUGAGUCUGGACGUGGAGAACGGCAACAUGUACAAGAGCAUCCUGGUGACUAGUCAGGAUAAAACCCCCGCAGUGAUCAGAAAGGCAAUGGUUAAACACAACCUGGACCGAGAGAGACCUGAGGAUUACGAACUGGUGCAGAAGAUCAGUGAGGAUAAGGAGCUGAAGAUUCCAGACAACGCAAACGUCUUUUACGCCAUGAACUCUUCGGCCAACUACGACUUCGUCCUGAAGAAGCGCGGCUUCCCCCGAGUGAGUCGCACCAAACACGUGGCGAGUUCCACGCUGCCCCGCAUGAAGCAGAAAGGCCUGAGGAUCGCUAAGGGCAUCUUCUGAAAACUCAACCCUCCCCCACAAUCCCACAGGGCUUCUGGAGGUCAAAGGUCGAGCCCUGUAGACUGGAACGGGAUGGGGUGUGGGGGGGCGCGUGUGUGAAUAGUCACUGCCAGCUCAGGGGAGGCCGUUUCAGCGCGGCUGUGUUCGUGCGCUCGUGUUUACAGACUCCUGAGAUCCGCCUUCUAGCCGUGAGGUCACUUCCUGUGCCGUCUGAGAAGGGGUCGCCUCCUGUGUCGCGUGUGAGAUCACUUCCUGUCCAGAGACAGCCUUCACUGCCAGAUUAAGGACGACUCGCUGCAGCGGACACGUGACCUGGUGUUACUUUUAAAAGUGUCCUCCUGCAACAACAACAACAACAAAAAACACUCAUGGUUCUGAGUGAAGUUCCAGAACGUUUGCGUUGGUGGACUGCGAGCUGAUCGAUUGUUGUGGUGUGUGAGGUUUUGUUUAUAUUGUUUUUUCGGCGAAACGUCACAGAGACUUAAGAGACAAUGAAAGCAGCCGAGUCUUUCUGAACUUUUGGAGCUCUCUGAAUGAGAAACGAAGAUAUUUUUUGUCUCGUGUCUCUAAUAAUGUGUCUGUUUUUGUUAAAAAGGGCAUUACAGCUAACAGCAGACGCUCCCCUCGCACCACUGUUCUCCGUGUUCUCCGGACCGUACGACGUAUUUGACCUUUUAGCCAAAACUCUUGACUGAAACCGUAAGGCAAGACAUAAACCUUGAUUUUAGCCUAGCGCACAGGCCGUGAAUUCUUCAGCACUUCUCUUAUUACCGCUAGUAUUGUUUUCUUUUUUGUUGUUGUUUUAUUCAUUAUAGCAGUUACGACAUGUUUUUUGGUUAGCUUGGCUAGGUACGUGAGUAAGCGAACAUUCGAUGAUAGCUUACUGAUUACUAGCUAGCUACACUUGAAAGAAAUUAACACUAAAACGAACAUUUAAACCAGACUGCACCACUAGGGGGAGAUAAAGUGCCAGUGCGAAUACGACAUAACAUAAACACACACCACUGACGUCGCUGAUUAGUUGAUGAACUGGUUUUGUUUCGUACUUACAGUCCGGAAAAUACGCUCUUGUCCUCGUGUCAUGUUUUUAAGUAUUAUCGUAGUUUACGUGUGUUUUCUUUCCCCCCUCUAAUUGGUGCUAACUAACGCUGAGGUCAGCCAGCUCGGGACCUCGCUACCGUUUCAGAGCCUCAUGACGCUAAAGGAGCCGGAUGGACAGAUGACGCUACGCCUGCGGCGGACAGAAACGAGUCCAUGGCUGAAAUUAAAAUUAAAAAGAAAGAAAGAAAGGGAGCACAAAUGUUUUUCCAGGACGAGAGUUGCUAGCUAGCUUAAGUAUCUAAAAAAUGUGAAAACCUUUUUUUCCCUGAGAACUUCUUUAAAAAAAUUUUGUCUCUUUUUGUAAGAAAAACAAAACAAACCACAAGACUAUGAAUGAAUUAACAAAUGAACAUAUUGUGAAUGUAACAUAUCGCUCAUGACACGCGUCCUUACCACUCACGGUUUCGACCAAAAUGCCCGUCAGAUCACAGCGACAACCCCCUGCUAACACGCUAGCACGCUAGCUCUAAGAGAAAAAGCGAGCGGCAACACCAUCAGGCACGAGGAACGCGGACCCGCUCUGUGGUUAUGACGAUUUCCUGUCUCCGAGCCACGCGAUUGGUCGAGAGAAGAAACAUAGAUGAAAGAAACGGUGUUACUUUGUACAUUUUUCUGUCGUUUGUUUUCCUGAAAAUUUCGAACACGAGAAAAAAAUCCACUGGCACUAAACACGAACAUUAUGAACAUUAACUUAGGACAAUUGCGAACAAAUCUGUUACAGUGAGAGACAGAGAGAGAGACAGAGAGAGAGACAGAGAGAGGGAGUCUCACUUCAUACUCACGGAGUUAGAACAUCAGUGUGAUGUAAUCAGCUGGUUAUGAUGUCAUGAUGUUCAGAAAGGUUAGGGUUCUAAAACACCAAGCUGACCGAGGUGCGUCCCUCAUCGUCAGAUGGCUCUCUAUUAGGAAACACUACAGAUUACACACGGCUGCUUUAAACAGGGUCACAUCAUAUAAUAUACUGCCACAGUAAUAGCUUGUUUUUUUACAUACUGCUUCUUUAAAGUCCCAUAACAGUACCGUAGGAUCCUGUUUAAACUUGCAUAUUACUGCUUUAAAUAGCGGUUCACCAAUCAGUACAGUAGUACAGGAUAUUGUUACAAGUUGCCUAUUGCUGCUUUAAAUAGAGGAAACUGGUACAGGUAUGUAAGAUACAACCACAAAUUUUCAUAGUGGAGUUUUAAAUAGUGCACUAAGUAGUACAGAACCGACAAUAAAUAGCAGCAUACGAGUACAGUUCUUACUGUAACAAACAUACUGCAACAAAUACUGCAUACUGCAGCUUUAAACAGUGCGGCACUGAGUUGUAUAUUAUAUCGAUAUGUUAUAGUGACGUCGUGUUUAGUACAGCAUUACGGCUCGGUCUUUUUGUCUCUAUCCAAACUUGCAUGCUGCCGCUUUAAUAGCGUGACACCAAGUAGACAGUAGCUGUGCAAGGCUUUCCUGGCUGUCCUUGUCUACUGCUACAAAAUGCAUAUUGCCGCUUUAAGUAGCGUGUCAUGGAGUAGUGCAUCUUAGGUACUGUUAUGAUAUGGUGUUUAGUACAGUGCUCUGUAUCAUGGGACUUUCCUAACAGCGUGUUGGUUUUGGUGAUUAAUCAGACCGAACAGAUUGCUGCCCCCUACUGGUGUGGAGAGUUAUUUUCUUGAAUAAAGAUCAGCUUGGUGUGUUAUGGCCCUAAAACAGACAGAGAGAGAGAAGAGGAGGAGGACUUUUCCAUAUGUUCUGGAAAGACAGAAGAUCCGUAAUGUGAGCUGAAGAUUAAAUCCCCAGGCUGCUUCUCAAUCCUGUUCACUCCCUUUAAAAUCAAGACGAGGAUUUCAGACCGCUCACAUAUUUGUAUGCCCUUUAGAUAAUGUGUGUGUGUGUGUGUGUGUGUGUGUUUGUAUGACUUAUAAGUGGCAAAAAAGGGCCAAAGAUCUUACACAACAUUUUACAAGAGUAUCAUGAACACCUAAAGACUCAUGAACACUGCCUGUUCAGGAGAACACAUACAUGCACAUAUACACACACUUCAUAAGGAACACACACACUUUCCUAUUGUACACACACUCAGCACACCGGUGCCAUUGUGCUCUUUUCAUUUUAAAAGAAACUAACGAUGUAACACAUAUGAUUUUUUAAAAAGUUGUUUUGUAAUUUUUGUACAUGAAAUGUUCAUUGCAGCUUUGCUUUUAUUUCUGUGUGUGUGUGUGUGUUUGUGUGUGUGGGGGCACUCGCGCCACUAUUUAUUAAAUUUGUAAAUACUUUUUUGCAGCAUUGUACAUUUUGUUUUGAAUUCCUUGUAAUUUACAAAUUAAUAUAUAUGUAAAUAUUGAGUAUAUACGGCUGCGAGGUUUAUACACCGCUGUAACUCCGAGCUCUCCAUACACUUCUCACGCUCCGUUUGUCUCCUGUGGAUUUUUUUGUAUGCCGGUUUUAAUUUUUAUUCCCCCUUUUGCCCCGCCCUUGAUCCCCACAGCCUUCACUGUUUCUAGUGUUGGAGAGGAAAAAAACACAUAAUAAACAGAGUGUGGAA